AGGUACGGGUGAGCGCUAGGACCUUGGAGAAUGCUCCCAGAAGCAGUCAGGACUACCUUAAACCCAGCCCAAUGCCUCUUCCUGCGCCACUCUGCGUGCUGGAUGGAGAUAUACAGUCAAGAGCCGCAGCUCAGUGCUGGAGUUCAACAUUUCACUGGGAGCCCUGCAGAAGCAACACCUGUUUCACGCCAGCCAAGAAGGCAUACAAGCACUCGUACGUUUUCUUCAUUUGCUUCUUGGUCGUCAAUAAUUAUAAGCCAAUGGACAUCUCCUAACCCGCUGAAGAAUUACGGAUAACAUAUUUGGACGUCAAAAGUUUUUUUUUUUUUUUCUUUUUUCUUUUUUUUCUUUUUAGGGGGGUGGGUGGGAGGGGAGGAUUUAUCUCAGCCUACAACGUGAGAUUUUUUUUUUCCCUUUGAAGGAUUCAUGCUGAUGUCUGCAGAGUCUGUUAGAGAGUAAAAACAGCGCAUGCCUUCCUGGAGUCAGGAUCCAUAAAUUCUGACGUAGCCUGUGCAUCUUAAAAAUCCCUAUAAUAACGCCUAGGUAUUUAAGUUGCUAUGGUCAUUCUGAUCUCAAACCAAAUGGAGAAACUACGGAUUUUUUUCCUUAUUACGGUCGGAUGGGAUGAAGACCUUACUGCCUGCUAAGAGCUGGGAAUCUAUAGAAAUACAUAUAUAUGUUUAUAAAUAUGUCAGUGUGUGAGUAUAAAGUGGUGUUUUCUUAGACUAUCAGUGGUUUGACCUUGAACCUGUGCCAGUGAAAACAGCAUAUUACUUUUAUUUAUGCAUUUAAUGGAUUGAAGAAAAGAACAUUUUCUCUCUGUAACUGCAGUAAGGGAGGGGAGUUGGAUAUACCUCGCCUAAUAUCUCCCGGGUUUGACACCAUCAUUAUUGUUUAUUCUUGUUCUCUAAAAGCAGAAUCUUCUGAUGGCUCCCUUAGGUGAAGUUGGGAACUAUUUCGGUGUGCAGGAUGCAGCAGUACCUUUUGGGAAUGUGCCCGUUUUGCCGGUGGAUAGCCCGGUUUUGUUAAGUGACCACCUGGGUCAGUCCGAAGCAGGGGGGCUGCCCAGGGGGCCUGCAGUCACGGACUUGGAUCAUUUAAAGGGGAUUCUCAGGCGGAGGCAGCUAUACUGCAGGACUGGAUUUCAUUUAGAAAUCUUCCCCAAUGGUACUAUCCAGGGAACCAGGCAAGACCACAGCAGAUUUGGCAUCCUGGAAUUUAUCAGCAUAGCAGUAGGUCUGGUCAGCAUUCGAGGCGUGGACAGUGGACUAUACCUCGGAAUGAAUGAGAAAGGGGAGCUAUAUGGAUCAGAAAAAUUAACCCAAGAGUGUGUAUUCAGAGAGCAGUUUGAAGAAAAUUGGUACAAUACGUACUCAUCGAAUCUAUACAAACAUGUGGACACUGGAAGACGAUAUUACGUUGCAUUAAAUAAAGAUGGGACUCCAAGAGAAGGGACUAGGACUAAACGGCAUCAAAAAUUUACACAUUUUUUACCUAGACCAGUGGACCCUGAGAAAGUACCUGAACUAUAUAAGGAUAUUUUAAGCCAAAGUUGACAAAGACAAUUCCUUCACUUGAGCCCUUAAAAAGUAACCACUAUAAAGGUUUCAUGCGGUGGGUUCUUAUUGAUUAGCUGUGUCAUCAUAUCAGCUCCACUGUUGCCAAACUUUGUCGCAUGCAUAAUGUAUGAUGGAGGCUUGGAUGGAACAUGCUGAUUUUGUUCUGCACUUAAAGGUUUGUCCUCCUGGAGGAGAGCCUAUGCCCACUUGCUUGAUUUAUUAUGAGAGAGAGAGAGAGAGAGAGAGAGAGAGAAUAAAUGUGUGUGUGUGUGUGUGUGUGUGUGUGUGUGUGUGUGAGAGAGAGAGAGAGAGAGAGAAAGAGAGAGAGAGAGGAUGAAUGAAUGAAUGAAUGAAUAGAGUGAAUAAGUGUGAGAGGGGGAGAUGGAAGAUAGACAUGAAAGCAAAAAGGAAAAAGGCCUGAUGCAUGCUGGGAAAUAGACACGCUUUUAAAUUUUUGAUCAGUUGUAUUUCAUCAUAUAUCAGCAUAGCUGCCAUACUUCGACUCAUCAGGAUUUCUGGCUGGUGGCCUGCUCAAGGGUAUGCUGCAUUGACAAAGGCAUGGAGGGUGCAGUCUUACUUUUUAAAAAAAGACUUUUCAGUUUAAAUUGCUUGCUGGUAUCACCCCAGUGAGCUUAAAGCAAAGACCUCUUAGUAAAAAAAAAAAAAAAAUAAAAAGUUAAAUUUAUUUAUAGAAAUUCCAAAG